AUGCCUCCGAUUCAACAAAAAGCAUUAAUCAAUGUUGAUCUGGGAGAAGCUUACGGCAACUGGUCCCUCGGACCCGACCUCGAGCUCCUCCCCAUGAUCGAUAUCGCCAACGUCGCCUGUGGCUUUCACGGCGGCGAUCCCCUGAUCAUGAUGGACACCAUCCGCAACUGCAAAGCCCACAACGUCCAAGUAGGAGCACACCCGGGCCUACCGGAUCUCCAAGGUUUCGGACGACGGGAAAUGAAGCUCUCGCCCGAGGAACUAACGGCGAUCACCAUCUACCAAGUCGGAGCGUUAAAGGGCUUCCUAGACCGUGAAGGCGUGCCUCUCAACCACGUCAAGCCCCAUGGGGUGCUGUAUGGGAUGAUGUGUCGUGAUUAUGAGGUGGCUAAGGCUGUUAUGGAGGGGAUUCCCAAGGGCAUUCCAGUGUUCGGUCUUGCGGGGACGAAUAUGGAGCGUGCCGCCAAUGAUUUGGGGAUUGAAUUCUGGGCCGAACUUUAUGGUGACGUCAAGUACGAUUCGCGGGGGAUGUUGGUGAUUGACCGUAAGAAAAAGCCGUGGGAUCUGGGCCACGCUGAGAGACACAUUCGCCAGCAGAUCGAGGAUAGUUCGGUCACGGCGGUUGAUGGGACGGUGGUGCAGUUGCAGUUGAAGAACUACCCUCUGUCCAUGUGCUGCCAUUCGGAUUCGCCAGGGUGCUUGGAGAUUGUCAGCACAGCACGAAGGGUGGCAGAUGAGUUUAACCAGAAGCAUGGACAUAAAUAA